GCAGGUGAGAAUGAUGCAGAAGGGAGGGGGAUUGUUCUGUAUUAGCCCAGCAUUGGAUGUUUCGAGAGAGGGAGUGGACUGUGUCUUUCUCUCUCUCCUCCUCUCUCUUUCUCUGUCUCCAUCACUAUGGAGUUGAGGCGAGGAAAGCACACAGCCAGUGGAAGCAUGCAUGAUCUCAGGGUGCUUAAACAAAAGGCACACUAUCUAUCACCCACGAUAUCAUUCCGUGGAAUUGCACAUCCAUUACAGUGAUGAGCGUAAGAGAGAGGCUGAGUGCGACACGUUACCAAGGAGACUACAUUGAUGAAAUGCACUAGCAUCUUGUUUUCAGUGUUUCCUGAAGUUGGAAGGAACUUAAAAGCUGUUAUGCCAGGCUCUGCCACUCAGGAGAAAAUCAUGAAGUCUCAGCAGAAAUGUAUUGCUGUGUUUGCACUGGUUUGCUGCUUUGCUGUCCUGGUGGCUCUAAUUUUCUCUGCUGUGGACGUCUGGGGAGAGGAUGAGGAUGGUGUCACUGAGGAGAACUGCAGCAAAAAUUGUCGCAUUGUUCUUGUGGAGAAUGUCCCAGGGGAGCUGUCAUUCAACCCCAAUAAUUCAACCCAUCUCCCACUUACCUUGGGUCUCAACCAUCUUUUGGACCAAGCAAAACUGUCAGUUGAGAUAGUGUCGCCAUACUGGGCUCUGACCUCCAAUGAUCAGGGGUCACAGCUUUAUUCUUCUUAUCAGGGGCUCCGUACAAAGGGUCAGUAUUUGUUUCAGAGAUUGUUAAGCCUGAAGUCUCGAGGUGUCAGAUUAAAGAUUGUUAGUGACCAGCCCAACUCCAUUGAGCUGAAGAGCAUGUCUGACCGCUAUGCAGAAGUGCACUAUGUCAACAUGACGGCCCUCACCAGAGGAAGACUGCUUUCCUCAUUUUGGGUGGUGGACAGGAAGCACGUUUACAUUGGCAGUGCUGGCAUGAACUGGAAAGCUCUGUCCAAGCUGAAGGAGCUCGGAGUAAUAGUGUACGACUGUAGUUGUUUGGCUCUGGACAUGCACAGGAUCUUUUCUUUCUACUGGCAGCUGCAGUACAGGGACUACAUCCCUUCAAUCUGGUCCAAGAGAGUCACGGCCGUGUUCAGCAGAGACGAGCCGCUUCAGUUCAGACUCAACAAUACAGACGCUUCUGCAUAUGUGUCGACAUCACCAGAGCUGUUUUGCCCCAAGGGUCGAAGUAGAGAUUUAGAUGCCAUACGUCAUGUGAUCCGAGAAGCCAAGAGAUUCAUCUACAUUUCUGUAAAUGAUUACCUGCCCUUAGUCAACCGCAGCUUCAGAGGAUCACCAAUCAUAAGGUACUGGUCACCAAUAGACGAGAUGCUCCGGGAGGCUGCAGUACUGAGAGAGGUCAAAGUUCGUCUCUUGAUCAGUCUGUGGACAGGUACACAUCCGCUGACCAUUAACUUUAUGACGUCAAUGCAGGCUCUAUGCACAGGACUGCCAGUCUGCUCUAUAGAAGUGAGAUUUUACAGAGGCAAGGAGCAGAUGGGAGGAUUUCAGCACAGGAUAAAUGAGAAUAAAUUUAUGGUGACAGACAACGCAGUAUACAUCGGGAAUCUGGACUGGGUUGGCAGUGAGUUGGCUUUCAAUGCAGGAGCUGGGCUGGUGAUUCAAGAAUCAGAGAACCAGCAGGAAAAGCAGAACUCGAUUGUAGAGCAGCUGACUGCUGCUUUUGAAAGAGAUUGGUUUUCACCCUACAUAAUAAACCUGCUCCCUGGCAGCACGACUCUACAGGAGAGCCAACAUGGGAGGCAGAAACUGCAAGCUCUAAAGACAAAACCAAAGGGUAGAGGGCGUGAAUGAGCGGCUCGAAUUUCUCUAUGAAGCGGGACCAAUAAGCCAAGGACUUUGUGCCUCAGAACAUCUGCGCCAUGACUCUUACCAUUUGAAUUUUCAAAUGCUGUCAAUGGAACUGAAUAAUUAUCUCUGAAGGACUUCUGUGAAGGAAACCAUUUUUGUGUAUGCUUUCUUUUUAAAAUUACAGCACUUUCAAUGAAAUACUCUAAAUCAUUAUAUAAUGCAUGCUUGUUUGGAUGAGAAACAAUCAGUACCAUUAGCUGAGAACUGUGGAAAUCAUUUACUCCAAUAUUUAGACUUUUCAUAUUUUUAAACCAAAAUAUUAAGAUACUCUGCUCUUUCGAGAAAGGAUAUUGCCAAAUUUCUAUAAUCAUUCUGUAAUUUGCUUUUCUCAAGAAGUUCAUAAGUCAUCCUUUUUUUAAAUCAAGCAUAUUAAUACUGAAAUGCAUUUUUUCUUUUUUUAAAUCUGCAUAUAAGCCAGCAAGCUUGCUGAUUACAUAUGCGGCCUCAUACUGUAGCUAUCAUCACUUUCUGACUGACUAGAUAUUAUGGCACAUCUGACACUGUGUG